AUGAACCAACCUCGAGAACUUCAAAAUCAUUUCCAAGGCUUGCCUGAAUUUCAUUAUGCUGCGCUGUUGGGAAAACAAGAGUUACUUCGAAAAUUGUUAUCUACAGGUGACACAGUUCUAUCCAGUGUUGACAUGUAUGGCAGGACAGCUCUGCACAUAACUGCUUCUCAUGACGUUUACAACAGUCUUGAUGUUUUAUGCAGAAAUUGCUCAAAAGACAAAAAAAUCCUUGAUCAGAAAGACAACUAUGGUUACACUGCUCUGCAUUACGCCGUUCAAGGAGCAAACACAUACUGCACUAAGCUGUUGCUUGAUUCAGGAUGUAAUGUGGACCCUGCCCAGUAUUCUCAGUACACUCCGCUUCACCUGGCUGCCUCAUAUGGUUACCCUGAAUUAGUUUCUGUCCUUUGUGAGCACGGCGCCAAUGUUCACGCGCGGAGCGCUACCCAAGAAACACCAUUACAGAUGGCGGCUCGAUCUGGCAUCCGAAUUCGGGAAAGAAUGAAGGUGAGGUACGAUAUAAUGAAAGCCCGACCAACUCUGUAAGCUUCCAAGCAUUUAUUUUGCCGAAAUUCAUUUAGUGAAUCACUUCUAGGUGCUUAGUCAUAAACCUGGUUCUCACGCAACGUCGAAUUCUCAUUAUCUGCUCAGCUUGUAAAGUAACCUGAAUCAUAGACGGAUUUUGAUUGGUUCAGAUGACAAAACCAUUAACCGCAUUUUGUUUUUAUCCGAUAAAACAAAUUGAUUUCGUGUUGUCUUGGUUCUGCACAGGAAAAGACCGCAGGAGACGUCAAAACGUUGUAAGAACGUGACAAACGAAGGGCGAGUGGCACACUGGCUGCAGCCGAGUGUGUACUGAUGCUCUUAUGUUUUGACGUCCUCUGUAGUCUAUCACAGGACAGGCCCAAGGCAAUAUAUGUAUAUGUUUUUCAAUUGUGAAAAGUCACGUGUUUAUUGUAUGUGCUUUCGCAGGCCAAUGAAAAGAGUAAGAGAUUUUGUCUCUUGUUUCUAAGGUUCACUACAUCACCCUGGCCCUUUUACUCAAGUUUGGUUCCGAUGCAAAUGUAAGGGACAACGAUGGUAUAACACCGCUUCAUUAUGUCGCUAUGUACUGUGAAAAUAAAGAAUGCGCUGCCCUCCUAUGCGCAGCUGGAGCAAGCGUAAGAAAUCAGAACCGUGGUAAAGUUACCGCUAUCCAUGUUGCACGAUGUGCGGAGGUUCAUGAGUUUCUCAAGCAAGUGGAGACCAUUCCUCCAAGACUUGAACAUUUGUGUCUACUGGUUGUGCGCAAGGAACUAGGAACGAAUUUGAAAAACAAGGCGGAAUACUUACCUCUACCCAAACCCCUCAAGGACAAACUACUGUUUAAGAAACUUCAAAAGAUUGUUUAA